AUGUACGAACUAUAUGCCCAGACUACGCACUCUGACGAUUAUUCGUACAAGUUAGUUCAACUUCCUGCAGACCUUCUCGAGUAUGUUAAACAACAAGAUGCUGAACUUACCAUCAAGGCUCCCAGUACGGUCAAUAAUCACAUGGUACUCUGCACCAAGAACACAACCUAUAAACUCCGUCAAAUGAACCAUUCCAAUACAGUACUACUUAUGAAUGACUUGAGUGUGAAUAAACUUGAAAAAUCCGUCAAGCCGACAUUUGAAGGAGUAGGUCAAGUAACGUCCAAUAGUCUUGUUUCAAUGGCUACACUUUCGUAUGAGUACGAACCAACCAUUACCAAGGGGUAUAUAGAAACUGAAAGACUUCUGGUAUAUAAUGGCACCAACACUCCAAUUCCUGAAGACCAACAAAUAACCAUCCAAACUCUUCUUGAAGAGUCACCAAUUUCAACGGUUCAAUUUUAUAAGGAAUGGUAUAAUAAAGGUGGAUGUGAAAUUAAUGGCCAUGCAGUAAUUCUUUCGCGUCAAUUAUUGACAGAAUUGAUUUCUACACUCUUAACGAUACUAAUUUCAGAAGGUAUUGAUUAUAAUGAAUCAUUAGGACUUGAUCAAGUAACUUCAUUUCUUAUCAAACAUGAUUCUUCCAUAACAUCUGAAAUUGUAAAUACCGUGAUUCAAAAAUUUGGAGUCUUGGACGAUUCUAACUCAUUUAAACUUGAUCAUGAGAUCAUUUCUAAAUGGUUUGGCAUUCAAACACUUUUCCAAACAUCUUUUAAUCUUAUUUCAUGUGAUGAUUUCCUUGUUGCUUGGAAAACUCUGCUUCCAACGUUUUAUAACGUCCCCAUUGAUUUAAUUCAACUUCGUGGGAACUUCUGUCGUCCUACAAACGAUAAGAUCCAACAUCUUAACCCUAGCACCCUUCUGACUACAGAUCUAGGAAUGAGAAUAAAAGAACUUUUCGCAAUCGCAAAGAAUUGGGAUUAUGAUGAAUUUAUGCCCUAUAUUCAAAGCUAUAUACCAAUUGGGAAGAAGCCAGAAUCAAUUGUUCUUAAAUAUGCAAAAAAGAAAAGAGUUGGGAAGAAAUAUAUUGUUUGUCAAAGAUAA